AUGACGCAGAAGCUUUUUCUCGCCCUCCUCGUCGCCUCCCGAAAACUGUGUCACUACUUCCAAGGCUACCCCAUCAAGGUUGUCUCGGCUUACACCUUGGAGAGGGUGCUCCGGAUCCCUAACGCUGCAGGAAGGCUCGGCGAAUGGAACGUCGAACUACAGGCAUUCCAGUUGGAGUUCAGCACCACCAGGAUCAUCAAGGGUGCGACUCUCUCCGAUUUCGUGGUGGAAUGGACCGACUUCCUCGAUCGGGAAGGCACGGGAGAUGGAGUUGUGCUCAUCUCACCCACCCAGGACAAGCUCUACUACACCGUGCAGCUAUGCUUCCAGCAUGGCGAGAAGGUCUCCAACAACAUUGCGGAAUACGAAGGCCUGAUCGCUGGUCUCAAGGCUGUGGCGGCUUUGCGGCCCCCUCCCCCCGCCGCGGGACCAGCAUCGCUUCAAGAGGAGCUUCCCCCAGCACCCUUCUCGGGUGCCUCGGCUUGCGGCCCGGCCUCGGGAGCCCGCUUGCUCCUUGCGCUCGAACCUCAGGAGGGGUGCUGGAUCGAGGAGCUCAAGGCGUAUCUACUCCAGGGCACCUUGCCGGGGAAGGAGGAAGACGCGGAGCGUGAGGCCCGCCAGGCCACUGCAUACUGCAUCCAGGAUGCUGAGCUCCACCGAAAGGGACCCAACGAUGUCUCUCUACGAUGCAUCUCCAGGGAACAGGGAUGCGAGCUGUUGGCCGACAUAGACGGCGGGGAUUGCGGGCAUCACUCCUCAUCAUGCACCCUCGUGGGCAAGGCGUUUCGCAGUGGAUUCUACAGGCCCACGGCGCUCAAUGAUGCCACCGAGCUGGUAAUAUCCUGUGACGCCUGUCAGUUCCACGCCAAGCAGAUCCGCCAGCCCACCCAGGGCCUCCAGACCAUCCCACUCUCAUGGUCAUUCAUGGUUUGGGGGUUGGACAUCCUGGGCCCGUUUCCCCGAGCGCCCGGGGGCUACCGCUACCUCUACAUCACCAUCGACAAGAACACCAAGUGGGCGGAAGUGGAGGUCGUCCGCACCAUCCCGGCCAUCUCGACCGUCAAGUUCAUCAAGGGCCUCGUGAGUCGGUUCAAGGUUCCUAAUCGCAUUAUCACCAACAAUGGCUCGCAGUUCACCAGCAACCUUUUCAAUACAUAUUCUGCUAAGAAUGGAACACAGAUAUGCUACGCUUCGGUGGCACACCCUUGA